UAGUGCGUGGUCAGUCGCGAAUUCGCGCAGUCGCGUAAAAUGGCCAACAGAUUCCUGUUGUGCCUGGUACUAGCGUGUGUUGUAACAAAUGUCGUUGUAGCCCGAAGGGGUGGUGGGGGCCGGAGCAGCUCCAGUCACAGCUCCAGCCAUAGCUCCGGCCACAGCAGUUCCGGCUCCAGAGGUUGGGGCUCGAGUUCUUCGGGUAGAGGCUCAUCCAGCUCCGGAUCAAAAUGGUCCAGCUCGGGGUCCUCGUCGGGAUCCAGCUACCCCUGGUCCUCGUCAGGAUUAUCAGGAUCCGGAGGAUCUAAAUGGGGUUCGGGUACGUCGUCAGGAUCCAGCUACCCAUGGUCGUCGUCGGGUUUAUCGGGCUCCGGGUCAGGAAGCAGGUAUCCAUCGUCAGGCGGGCUGUCUGGGUCGGGAUCCGGAAGUCAUUCGUAUCCACCAUCAGGUGGACUGUCGGGAUCAGGUGGGGGCAGCAAAUACCCUCCCUCGGGCGGAUUAUCGGGUUCAGGAUCGGGAAGUAGAUAUCCAACAUCCGGAGGACUAUCGGGAUCGGGAUCUAGCGGAAGCAGGUAUCCUCCCUCAGGGGGACUAUCAGGUACGGGAUCAGGUGGAAGCAAAUAUCCACCAUCAGGAGGAUUAUCGGGUUCAGGAUCUGGAGGUAGCAAGUAUCCUCCCUCGGGUGGAUUAUCGGGAUCAGGAUCGGGAAGCAAAUAUCCACCAUCAGGCGGAUUAUCGGGCACUGGAUCCGGAAGUAGAUAUCCACCGACUAACUCAGGAUCAGGCAGAUAUCCAGAUUCACCGGGACUCUCUGGAACCGGAAAUAGUAGAUAUCCAUCAUAUUCUAGAACGAGCACAUACAGGCCCGAUUAUAGCCAUAACUACGGACCCAGUAAUUCUUAUAGACCAACUUCCAGGCCGGUCUAUCAUCAUGAAACAUAUUACACCAGGCCAGCGUAUUACACAGCGCCUCAGCACGUGUACAUUACAGAAUAUAGAAAUUCAGGCAGCAGAUACAGUGAUUUGCUAACUGGUCUUACUCUGUACAAUAUGGGCAGGUCUCAUAGCCACUACCAUGAUCAUUACUAUUACGAUGAUUAUUAUAGACACAGAUAUAACAACAUGGGCAGCCCUUACCAACAACGCUUGCAGCCCAGAGAUGAAGCCCACUGCGUAUUGCGAAUUAAAGAAAAUGGUAACGUCGAAGUGCUGAAAAUACCUUGUGAAAUUGUGUCCACGUUUAGUGAAAAGGUUACCUCAGAAACUGUUACGAACAAUACUGUAUGUGUAACUAACUACACUGUUAUAAAUAAUACUCUCACUAAUAAUAGUAACUCCAACGUUUCAACUAUGAACACGACUUAUGCGCCUGUAACUAGAAUACUUGUGGAACCAACUGCUAACAAUAAUUUGACAAACUCUUCAGAAACUAAAGUUCCAGCAUCUAAUGUGACCUCUAUUCUUCUAAAUACCACUUCAGCUAUAAACGAAACAUCAACAAUCAGUUCUGUUAAUGUGUCUAUAACAACACAAACUCCACUAGCUAACUUAAGUAGUUCUAACGACACUAAUUCCACUGUUACAACUGUAACUCCUCUUGAUAACAAAACUAAAAUAGUCACAGAUGAUACUCAAAUUUUAUUAGACAAUUUAAACAACAAUUAUUUAAGUUUAGCUUCAAAGAACAUAACAGAGUUAGUUAAUUUAAUCAUGAAUACAACAAACAGUUCGCUGCCCACAAAUGUGACGGUAGCUGCAAAUGUAUCUACUUCAUCAAAUGAUUCUGUAGUCACUUUAUUACUAUCAACUACUACAGCUCCUUCAACAACGAUAUCAGUUUCAAACACAACUGACAAUAAUUCUACUAGACCAGCUAUAUCAGACUCAGAUCUUUCAAGAACUUUGUUGAAUACCAAUCCCAAUACCACAUCGAGUGUAAGCAUUGUGAACACAACUACUUGUACCACUUCCUACUCAAAAGAUCCUUUAAGUGUUAAAGGGGGUCCGAUUAAUAUUUCUAAUAUGCAAUGCGAAGUAGAAAUAGUUACUAGAGAGGCCCGACUGAGGACUGACGUAGAUUGUAAGACUUUAAUGGAAUACUCGAAAAUGCCACCACCAAAAGACGCACCGUCCAUGCUCCCCUCAAGAUCCACGUUAAAAACGUGGUUGUCAAGCCCCCCUUGGUGGAUGUCUGCAUUCAUAGCGUUGUAGAAACUUCCAUAGUAUAGUGUUAUUACUAGUAAUGUCUUCUUCAUCUGUGCCAAAAACUCUUACAUUUACUAGUUUUAUGUUAUUUUAUGUGCCUAUUGUUUAGUGGACGGAAUUUUGUGUCUUAUUUUAACUCUUUUUUUAUUUUAGUCCUAGUUUUAUUUUACUCAGGGGCAGUCCAUAUAUCGUAAUUAAUAUUUUUAAUAGAAUUAUUCUCAUGCUUGUUAGUCAUAUUACCCACUUACUAGUUAAUUUACCUAAGUUCUUUAUAU